AUGAACCGGGUCCCAGUCUGGGCAGUCCUAGACUACACAGGCCACAAAGUCAUCCAACGCGAACUCCUCCUCGUAAAAGUCUCAAUUCUCGGACCAGAGCACGUCCUCGCCCAAAUGAAAUCCCGCCGCGCCUCCCUCCCCUCCGCCACCGACCUCCGCUCCAUCCAACAACAACAGCGGGCACAAUGGUCUUCUGGGGAUGUUAACGAGGUGGAGGAUCAAAUCGAGAUCAUGUCGCCUUCUAGUGCCUUGCGCCAGACACACGACCAUCUAGGCGCACUCACGGAACUGACGGAUCUGUUCAAGGGCAAGGUUGUGGAUGUGAGCAGUGAUUGUUUGAGUUUGGAAUUGUCCGCGAAACCGGAUAGGGUCGAUGCGUUUUUGAAACUGUUGCAGCCGUUUGGGAUCUUGGAGGCUGCGAGGAGUGGGAUGAUGGCGAUGCCUAGAUCGGUGGUUCUGGACCGGUUUGAAAAUGUGGACGAGCUGGAGGUCGAGGAUGUAGGGUCUGGUGUGGAUGCUUCUAUGCUCCCCCCUGGAUAA